AUGCUGGGUACGCAUGGUCCGGCGCAGGCGCUGGAAGGUCUUGAUGGGGAACGCGACGAUGCAUGGGUCGAUGAGGUGGACAAAGUGAAGCGCCGGAGUGACGAGUCCAUGUGGAUCCCACCGGACCGCGCUUACCUAAAAACAAGAAGCAGCAAAGGGACGGUCAAGGAUUUGGAAUUGUCGGACGCCGCCAGACAAAACCUGUUCUGCAUGUUGGGCAACAAUAGACUCUUCUGUCUUGGGCCUGAGAAAUGCUAG